UUUGGGUAGAGAAUAGAUGUAGACUUAUAGUUCAAGUGGCUUCUCGCAAACGUCUACAGAAUUCGCGCAUAACAGCCGCUGUAAAUUGUCGAUACGGUCUACACUACCGAAAACCAACACACCGGAAGUUGCAUUGACAACAACAAUUAUUCGGAAUUAUGUAUUUUCAGACCUACUUGUUUACCGCCGCUAUUCUGUUGGCUGCAGAGUUCGCUGAACCGUUCAGCGAACUGGAAGCCGAAUGCAGCACAUCGUCAGCAGCCAUUGCAUCUCCCGAUUCUGUCGUCCCGGUGGAAAAGUUCUUCUUCCGCACGGAUAAUUUUACGCAGGCCGAAUAUUUCGCAUACUCGGUUUUGGUAGACGGCUCAACGCCUCUCUGCGACAUUGGUCCUUUAGUGCAGUCCUUUUAUCAUCAGGUAGAGGGUGAAAGCACGAUUUACCUGACGUACAUCGAAGCGCGCUGUUUAGAUGGAGUCCGCGCCGCGGCCGCCCAAUUGACUCGCAACAUCCACAACAUCAGCUCCGACCGCGCGGUGACGCUCCAGUUGCACGAACGCGCCGACACGGACGAUCCGGUGCACUAUGACGUCAUCGACCCGGUUCGUCAGCUACUGAUCGAGCUGCACGUGCUGCGCUGCGUCACGGCGACCAUCACCGGCAAAAUCUACGCUGCCGGUACACUUCCGAAUUUGGUUACCCUGGAACUGCAAGGGGGCAGGAACCUGACGAUUCGGAAACGGGACUUUUCCCAGAUGCAGAACGUGCAGAUGAUCCGUUUCGUUAUCUCCACGAUCGCUAUGAUAGAGACACACACGUUCACCGAUUUGCCAAGGCUGAAAAGCCUGAUGUUGGAGUAUGACCUCGGUCUGGAAUUGAUGGCGUUGCACCGGGGCCACGAGUCCCCUUUAACCGAGGCUGAUUUUGCCGUCGUACGCCGCCUGCAUUGUGACUGCUCCUUGGCGUGGCUCCGCAACUUCCUUAAACAGAAGCUGCACUUGGCCGCCCCUAAAGAAACCGGCGAAGUCGCAGUGAUUGGGAGUUAUAGGACUCCGGCGGUCACCACCCAUGAAGAGUUUCCCAGUGUUUUCAGUGUGGAUUGCACCGGCAAUCUGACGUACGAUAACAUUCGUGCCGGCACACACUUUUCGUACAACACGUCUUGUUACGAUGUGGCGCAGUGCUGAAGUAUCUGGCGCCUUAUGCGUGACUGUGAGAAUACGCUUCUUUACUUACGAUAUUCAAGUUUUCGAAAUCCGAGGCUUAUUCUGUACUUGACGAAUUAAACAGUGUCUUCAUGUAUAAGCAAAUACGAUUGUGCUAAAUAUUGAAUUCUCCGGUAGCUCUGGAGUUUGGCUUCUGUUGGAUUUAUUUACGCAGUAAUAAUUAUCAGCCGCA